UGUCACAAGUUAGCCUGCAGUUUCUUGUUUGUGUAUUCUUACCUCCUUGCUGCAGUGCUGUUCCUUAUCCCUGUGCUGACAGUUUGCUCAGGCCAUGAGCUCCUUCGCAGACACCGCAGCCUCUCCUGGAAGAACUUCAGUGUUUGGCGCAGAGUCGCUGUCCAGCAGGCCUAUCAAGAACAAAUUAUGCACUGUCUGCAGGAACUCUCCUCCCGGUUUGAUCAGCUGCAGGUUGUGUCCACUUCCUCACCCUCUGUUUCGGCUCCUGUCCUGGCUCCUGCUGCUCCGACUCCCACUGCUCUCCCAGUGGAACACAGUCCUUUGAGACUCUAGCUGCCUCCACCGCCUCACUUCUCUGGUGAUCCCAAAGCUUGUCGGGGCUUCAUCAAUCAGUGCUCUAUUCACUUUGAACUAGCACCCGACCAUUUUCCUACUGACCGUUCCAAAGUGGCAUACAUGAUUUCCCUCCUUGCAGGUGAAGCACUGGCUUGGGCCUCG